AUGCCCGUUUCUCUUUCGAGGCGCUUCUCUGUAGCGUUGACCGGAGGCUUGCUCACUAAACAGAUAGAUGGCCUGCCCAGCGAAAGCAACGCACUUCAUCCUCAGCUCUCUUUUAAUCUUCUCUCUCUCUUUUCUUGCUCUCUUCCUCCUCCUCCUCUCCCUCUCUCCCCCCCUCUCUCUCUCUCUCUCUCUCUGUCUUUCUCCCGUUCAUUCUCACUCUGGCUGUCGCAAACAUCUUUUAACUUUCUCAUUCUUUUUCUUUCAUUUUCUUUUACAUUGCUUUCCUUUCCCUUGUUUCUUUAUUCUUUUUUCUCUUUCUUUCUCUCUACUUUUCAACCUUCUUUUUCAGUUCCCUUCUCUCUUCUCUUUCUCUUCCUUUUCUUCUUUCUUUCUUUUCCUUUCUCUUUUCGUUUUUCUCUUCCUUUUCUCUUUCUUUACACUAGCUUUUCUCUAUUCCUUCUUCUCUUCCAUUCUCCGUCCCUUUUUCUGUUGCUUUUAUUCCUCCUUUCUCUCUUCCUUUACCCUUUCUUUCUCUCCCAUUUUUCUCUUUCCUUUUUCUCUUUCUUUCUCUCUUACUUUUCCCUUCAUUUCUCUCAUCCAUUUUUCUCUUUCCUUUUUCUCUUUCUUUCUCUCUUACUUUUCCCUUCCUUUCUCUCAUCCUUUUUCUCUUUCCUUUAUAUCUUUAUUUUCUCUUUCUUUUCCCUUCCUUUCUCUCUCGUUUUUUUUCUUUCCUUCUUCUCUUUCUUUCUCUCUUCCUUUUCCCUUCCUUUCUCUCUCAUGAGUUCAUUUCUCCCUCAAAAUUAUUCUUUAUUAUUCCUACGUCUUUUGACGUUUUCUCUUUAUCUUGCUGUCUCUCUCCUCCACACAGUCGCACUCACUUUCUCUUCCUCUCCCUCACACUCACUUUCUUACGCUCCCCUCUUUCAAUUCUUUCUUAUCUCAAAAUUAUUUGUUAUUAUUUCUACAUCUUUUCACGUUUUCUCUUUAUGUUGCCGUCUCUCUCUCACUCACUUUCUCUCUCUCCUUCUCACUUACUUUCUUAUUCUCCCCUAUGUGAUUCUCUCUCUUUUUAUGUUGCCGUCUCUCUCCUCCACACACUCCCACCCACUCUCUUUCUAUCUCUCUCUCUCUCUCUUUAACUCACUUUCUUACUUUCCUCUUAUCUAUCUCUCUCUUUCUCUUUGGUUCUCCUUUAUUAUUUCUUCUCUCAUGAUAUCAUCUCCCCCAUACUCUUCCAAAUCUCUUCUCUUUUUUUUUCCCUCUUCUUUUUCUCUUUUUUCUUUUUUCUUUUUCUUUUCUCUCUUCUUUUUCCCUUCCUUUCUCUCCUUUUCUUUUUCCUUUUCUUUUUUCUUCUUUUUCCUUUUCUUUCCUUUCUCUCCUUUUCUUUCUUUCUCUUUUCUCUUUUUUCUCUCUUUUUUUUCCUUCCAUUCUCUCUCCUUUUUCUCUUUCUUUUUGUCUUUUCUUUCUCUCUUCCUUUUCCCUUCCUUUCUCUCUCCUUUUUCUCUUUCUUUCUCUCUUCCUUUUCCCUUCCUUUCUCUCUCCUUUUUCUCUUUCCUUUUUCUCUUUCUUUCUCUCUUCCUUUUCCCUUCCUUUCUCUCUCCUUUUUCUCUUUCCUUUUCUCUUUCUUUCUUUUUCCUUUUCCCUUCCUUUCUCUCUCCUUUUUCUCUUUCCUUUUUCUCUUUCUUUCUCUAUUCCUUUUCCCUUCCUUUCUCUCUCCUUUUUCUCUUUCCUUUUUCUCUUUCUUUCUCUCUUCCUUUUCCCUUCCUUUCUCUCUCCUUUUUCUCUUUCCUUUUUUCUUUUUUUUUUUUAAAUUUUUUCUUUUUCUCUCUUUUUCUCUUUCCUUUUUUCUCUUCUUUCUCUCUUCCUUUUCCUUCUUUUCUCUCUCCUUUUCUCUUUUCUUUUUCUUUUUUUUUUUUCCUUUUCCUUUUCUUUCUCUUUUUCUCUCUUCUUUUUUUUUUUUUUUCUUUUUUUUUCUUUCUUUUUUUUUUUUUUUUUUCUUCUUUUUCUUUUUUUUUUUUUCCUUUUCUCUUUUUUUUCUUUUUUUUUCCUUUUCUCUUUUCCUUUCUAUUCCUUUUCUUUUUUCUUUUUCCUUUUCUCUUUCCUUUCUCUUCCUUUUUCUCCUUUCCUUUUCCUUCCUUUUUUUCUUUUUUUCUCUUUCCUUUUCUUUUCCUUUCUCUUUUUUCUUUUCUUUUUUUUCUCUCCUUUUCUCUUUUCUUUUCUCUCUUCUUUUUGAAAUUUUUUUUUUUUUUCUUUCUCUCUCCUUUUUUUCCUUUUUCUUUUUUUUUUUUUCUUCCUUUUUUCCUUUUUUUCUCUUCCUUUUUCCUUUUUUUUUUCUUUUCUUUCUUUUUUCCUUUUUCUUCUUUCCCUUUUUUCUUUUUUUUUUUUCUCUUUCUCUCUUUUCUUUUCCCUUCCUUUCUCUCUCCUUUUUCCUUUUCAAAAAAACUUUUUUUCUCUCUUUUUUCCUUCCUUUCUCUUUUUCUCUUUUUUUUUUUCUUUUUCUCUUCUCCUUUUUUCCUUUUCUCUCCUUUUUCUCUUUUCUUUUUUCUUUCUUUCUCUUUUCUCAUUUUUUCCUUUUUCUCUCCUUUUUCUUUUCUUUUCUCUUUCUUUCUCUUUUUCCUUUUUUCUCUUUCCUUUUCUCUUUUUUUUUUUUUUUUAAAUCUCCUUUUUUUUUUUUUUAAUCUUUUUUUUUUUCUUUUUCCUUUUUCUUUUUCUUUCUCUCUUCCUUUUCCUUUUUUUUUCUUUUUCUUUUUUCUCUUUCCUUUUUCUCUUUUUUUCUCUUUUCCUUUUUUUUUCUUUCUCUCUCCUUUUUUUUUCCUUUUCUCAGUCUUUCUUAAAUUCCCUUCCUUUCUCUCUCCUUUUUCUCUUUCCUUUUUCUCUUUCUUUCUCUAUUCCUUUUCCUUUUUUCUCCUUUUCUCCUUUUUUUUUUUUCUCUUUCUUUUUCUUAUCCUUUUCCCUUGGUUCAAAAAAUUUUUUUCCUUUUUCUUUUUUCCUUUCCUUUUCCAUCCUUUCUUUCUUCCUUUUUCUUUUCCUUUUCUUCUUCUUUCUCUCUUUUCUUUUUUAAAUUUUUUUUUUUUUAAAAAAAAGGGGAUCAUUUUUUUUCUUUCCUUUUUUCUUUUGCUUUUCUUUUCUUUUUUUUUCUUUCUCAUUUUCUCUUCCUUUCUUUUUCUUCUACUUUUCCCUUCCAUUUUCUCUCCUUUAUUUUUUUUUUUCCUUGACUCUUCCUUUUCCUUUUAUUCAACAUCAUCUUUUCUUUCUUCUUUUCUUUUUUGUUUUUCUUUAAUUUUUUCUUUCUUUUUUUCCAUGAUCAUUAUUUCUUAUAAAGAAUCUUUUCUUAAAUUUCCUUUUGUGACCUUCCUUCUUUUCUCCUUUUGUUUUUUUUUCAUUUCUUUUCUCUUUUUUGAUCUUUUUUUUCCUGAAAAUUUUCUCCUUUUCCUUUUCUUUUCCUCUUUUCUCUUUUUUUUCUUUGGUUUCAAGAAAAGAAUUUACAAAAAAGUUUCUCAUUUUCCUUUCCUUUGUUUCUCUCUUGAAACCUUUUCUUUUUUUUUUUUUUUUUCCUUUUUUUUUUCCCUUCCUUUCUUUGUUUUUUUCUUUUUAAUUUUUCUUUUUUUUUUUUUUUCCUUUUUUUUUUUUUUUUUUUUUCUUUUUUUCUCUUUCCUUUUUUUUUUUCUCAUUUUUUUUAUCUUUCCUUUGCAUUUUCAAAGUUUUUUUUUGUUUUUUAAAGUUCUUUUUUUUUUUCUUUUUUUCUCCUUUUUUGUUUCUUUUUAUUUUUUCCUUUUUUUUCUUUCUUUUUUUUUCUAUCUUUUUUUUUCUUUUUCUCUUCUUUUUUCUCCUUUUUUUUCUUUCUUUUAUUCUUUUUUUAAAGUCCUUUUUCUUUCUUUUCUCUUUCCUUUUUGUUCUAGCUAUCUGUCUACUCUCUAUCUCUUUCUCUCUCUCUCUCUCUAUUUAUGUAUCAAUCUAUCUAUCUAUAACAGUCUAUACUUAUUCUCUCUCUCUGGCUCUUUCUGUGUCGCUGUUGAUAUCUAUCUAUCAAUCUAUCUCAGUCUAUUCUCUCUCAUCUCUUUCUGUUUGUGUUCAUCUCUCUCUCCCUAUCUCCCUCUCUCUCUCUCUCUCUAUAUAUAUAUAUAUAUGUGCGUGUGUGUUCAUAUCUAUCUAUCCAUCUAUCUAUCUCUUUAUUUAUCUAUCUUUCUAUCCUAA